GGUUUGAGUGCGAUUAUAGUUUAUACCCAUCUAAAGAAUUUCAACAAAAAUGGCUGAGACAUUAUCUUUGUUCAUAUAAGCCUGAUGCCACAAUUACUGAAAAAGAAGUUAAUGAAUUAUAUCGAGAAGUCAAUAAAUUCUCAUUAGCAUCCCAUUUUUACUGGGGUGUGUGGGGGUUG